AUUGACUUCUGUAAAAAAUCGAUUCGUCCACAAUGGUACGCUGUUUUAGGACCUUGGGGAACUCAGCACAGCGUCUCUCCAAAUAGACCAUAAUAAAGAGUGCAUGUUACUAACUUCCUUAUGAACGCAGAGGAACGAGUUACUACUAGCGAGGACACUACAGUACGCGCGCAAAAGGUCUGCACAACUGAAGUAGUUUCACCUGCGGUUAAGAUCGUGCGAUCCUGAAAUAACUUCAAUGCGCCCUUGUCGCUCUUUUGAGAAUAACCGCAAUGGGAGCCUCGCAGUCUGCGGGCACUGAACAUGAGUUCCAAGAGCUGGCUGACCGAACUGGAUUUUCCCUGGAGCAGAUUGGCAACCUCAACAAGAGAUUCAGACAGCUGAGUAACAAUGAGGAGACACUAAGUCGAGAGGAUUUGGCCAGCAUCCCUGCUCUAGAUAACAAUCCAAUCCGGGCUCAAAUUAUUAAUGCCUUCUUUGAUAAAAGAAACCUCCAUCAGAAUGAGGCAGGAACAGUCCAGGAGAUUGGCUUUGAGGAGUUCCUCAUGGUGAUGUCUCACUUCCGCCCAGCAGCCAUGGGCAUAACAGAGGAGGAGAGGGAGAACCUGAGGAGGGAGAAACUACAAUUUCUGUUCAACAUGCAUGACACAGACAGCGACGGCACCAUCACCCUGGAGGAGUACAGACGGGUGGUGGAGGAGCUCCUAUCUAAGGCUGGCAUGAUCGGGCAGGAGACCGCCAAGGCCAUCGCAGACGCUGCCAUGCUGGAAGUGGCAGGCACUACAAGGGGCAAAAUGGAACCUGAUGAAUUCUAUGAAGGAAUCACUUUUGAACAUUUUCUACAGAUUCUAAAAACCUUUGAUAUUGAGACGAGGAUGCACGUUCGCUUUUUAAACAUGGACACUGCAACCUUGAGAUGUGGAAAAUCAAAAUGAGUCUCGGUCUCCUUUAAGAGACAUCGUUAUGGCACUGCUGUUUUUGUAGAAUGAAUCUCUCUGGUCAUCCUCUGUAAUGAAGCCAAAUACUUUUCAUAUGCACUAAUGUUUAAAUACCAUUCAUAUGCA